CAAACCCAAACGGCGUUUGCAAGAACGACGGUGAUUCCGAUUUGUGCAUAGCUUCGCCAUCGACGAGCGUUGAGCGGCUUGCCUUCUCCUCGCAAAACACGGGGUUUCUCUCCUCCACCAAACACAACAAAACAGCACACACACACACAAUUAAUCAUAGGAAAAUAAUACCGAUGCGGAAUUGAACAAGGAUUUACGUGGCCUCACCGGGGGUGAACAACGACGACGACGGGGCUGCGCAAAAACAGCAAACCACCGACGGGCGUCACGGCGUGCUGCUCACUGCGCAACAAAACAGCAAGCCGGCAGCGCGCAGAGCCGUCGAGGCUGCUGCACAUUUUGUCGAGCACACAGCGAGCGUCAACGGCGCACUGCGCAGCAGCAGAGAGGAGGCAUCGGCAGAGGGCUCGCGGCCAUGGGCAACUGCGAGCUCGCUGCAAUCCAUGGACAGGGAGCCAACCGCGCUACGUGGAAGAGGAACAGGGAGGGCGUGGCUGGAGGAAAGGGGCGAGCUGCUUGUGGCCAUGGGGGAGAAGAAAGGGCGCCGUCGAGGGAGCUUCAACAGUGGAGCGCUCGGCUGCUGGGCUGCUCACCGUGGACAGCAGAGAAAGGCAGGCGCAGUGGAGAAAGGGUGCUCAAAACUGCUGGCCGGAGCUAGGGCUCGGCCAUGGGAAAGAAGGGGGAAGGAGGAAGGGGAGCCGGCUGGUGGAGAUGGGAGAGCUCGGCUCCAUGCAGAUAUGGAGCUUGCCAUUUGGAGCAGUGGCAGGGGGCGUCCUUGGCUGCUGGGCGAGCUCGGCAUGGAGAAGCUGCUUGCUGCCGUGAUGCGGGAGGAAGAAGGGGCGCCCUGCUCUUGCACGUUGGGAAGAAGGGGAGGACGCCAUGGGAGGAGAGGGAGCUCCCUGCUGCAGCCGCUCGCAGGAGGAGCCGAGAGGGCGCCGGGCCAUGGCUGGCCGAGGGGAGGAGCUCCUGCCGUCAACCAUGCACACGCAGAGAAAGCAGCGGCCAAGGGGAGAGCAGGGGGGCGCUAGGCAAAGGUCCGGCUAGAGGUGGAAGAAGGCUUGGGCGCCAUCCAUGGGAGUGGCUGCUCCCUGCUCUGGCGUGCGUGAAGGAGAAAGGAGAAGAGAGUGGCGGCUGGAAAUUUUUGAGGGGUGGGAGUGGAAAAUUUCCAAGUGAGCACCCCUAUUUAUAGAAGAUGGCUAGGGUUAGGGUUUCCUUAGUGGGCCAAAUGGGCUGGGUUGGGCUGGCCCAAACACGUUAUCGGGUUGCGCUAAUUUAUUUUCCUGAAUAAAAAUGCUCUCGCGGAAUUCGUCGCUACGGAAAAAUAGAGCGAAAAGAGUUCGGACGAACGGAAGGUUGAGCGAUUAAUUCGGUCGAGAGUCUAAUUUGAUUUCGCUCGAAAAUAAUUACCUACGCGUGAUUCGAAAAUAAAUCGUCCUGAGAUUCGAUCGGUUUUGGAUUUUUAGUCGGAUAAGGCGAAUCGUGAUAUUUUAAAAUCGCUGUCGAUACAGGGUUUUGAGUUCGGUUCGGACAUGAAAUAUUUGGCCGAGUCGGAUAAAAUUGAUUAGAGGACAACAUACUGAGUAUUCCGUCUGAGAGUAUGGACUCGGAUUAAAAUAGUCGGACAUCGAUCGAGGUUCGAGGAAUUAGACUCGGGCUUAGAUCAAAUAACAGUCGUCGAGAGUUUGAUUAAAUGAGUUUCAGAUGAGAUUUAUAAUUCGAGAAUGAUUUCCGAGUUUGCAUUCGUCAAGAAUAAAAGUUUUAACAGGCUCCAAAUUUGGCCUUCCGUGAGACUGAUUAACUUCGAAUUUGGUGAGAUGUGAAUGAGAAAUCUGGAUAAUCAGAGAUAGACACGAUCGAGAAAUAGAAAUUUUUACUGAGCAUCCGAGAUUAGGAUAAAUAUCCCGACAUAACGCGAAAUUGACACCUGCGGUGUCACAGCCUUCCCCCUUAAAAAGAAUCUCGUCCCGAGAUUCGAAUGAGGAUCUUUAAGGGUGGAGAAGCAUGUAACUCCCAGACUGAAGAUAGAUGCAAAUUCAUGAGAGGGUAUCUGACAAGAUACUGAAGACAGAUAUGAUUAGAAUAUCGCGACAUAUCGAGACAAAAUGCAGCGAUCAUUCCGAGAGUGUCCACAAAAGAUAACACAUCAGUAUAGUCUCGUAAUGGACCACGACUAUUAACCGCGAUACCAGCGCGUGCCGAGUAGCUCAACCAUGUGUGCACCAUAGUAGGCUCUCGGUCCGCGGCACCAUCAGUUGUUAGCCAUAAUACCAUUACCAAACGCAACCAAUGAGAAAUCCACAUAGCACAGAUAGAUGGAGCCCAUGAGAGUAUGGCUCAGAAAAUAAGAAUGUGACCGGAGUUGAAGCAGAGAUUGCUGACAAAAGAGCAUCACAUGAGAAUUUUCUUUAACCCAGAGAACCAUUUGAUGAUCAACAUGGAGAUUAUCAGAUCAGAUAUUAGCACGAGAUUUGAUAUGAGGACGAACCAACCAUGAGAUCAAGAUUGAAGAGCUUGUAUAGACAUGAGAGAACUAAAGACAAGAAUCAAAUCCAUUGAACCAAAUGGAUAUGCCAUUU